CGCUGACUUAGUUCUAUAGGGAUUAUAAUGCAGGGACCACAUGCCCUCACAGGCCAUUGUUGGCCCCUCGGUCUCUGUUGUCUUUUUCUUUUUUUCUACCGAGUGAGUCAAUUGAUGGAGGGAUAAAGGGGAAGAAAGAGGUGUGUGCGUUGACACUGGCUUUCAGGUCAGAGAAAGAGAAAGAGAGAGAUUUUGUGUUGCCGUGCUGUAACUGACCAUGAGGGCCGACAGCAGCGCUGGGCUCAGACGGACGACAUCGACGAACAAACCAUGUCCUUAAACUACAUCAAAAACUUCUAUGAAGGAUGCCUCAGGCCUCCUACGGUGAUAGGCCAGUUCCACACCUUGUUCUUCGGCUCGGUGCGGAUGUUCUUCCUGGGCGUCCUUGGCUUCGCCGUCUAUGGGAAUGAAGCGCUGCACUUCAGCUGCGACCCCGAUCGCCGAGAACUCAACCUGUUCUGCUACAACCAGUUCAGACCUAUAACACCCCAGGUCUUCUGGGCGUUACAGUUGGUAACGGUGCUGGUUCCUGGGGCCGUGUUCCACCUUUAUGCAGCCUGCAAGAACAUUGACCAGGAGGAGAUCCUGGAGCGACCCAUCUACACCGUCUUCUACAUCAUCUCCGUUCUCCUGCGCAUCAUUCUGGAAGUCAUCGCCUUUUGGCUUCAGAGUCACCUCUUUGGCUUCCAGGUUCACCCACUGUACACGUGUGACGCCAGCGCUUUGGAAAAGACCUUCAAUGUGACCAAGUGCAUGGUGCCGGAACACUUUGAAAAAACCAUCUUCCUCAGCGCCAUGUACACCUUCACCGUCAUCACCAUCCUCCUCUGCAUUGCUGAGAUAUUUGAGAUACUCUGCAGGCGGCUCGGUUAUCUCAACAACCAAUGACCAAACACGCAAGCACGCGUACGGCGAGUAAGGGCGAAAAUGUACGACGUUAUUUCUGACGGUCGUUAUCUGGCUCUUCGUUAGCUGGACUUCUAUAAAACAGGAAGCUAACACGAGGGCAAACACCUCACCAGUGGUCCAUCGUGAGUGAGUUGCACUUAGAGGUUUGUGCGGCACUGUCAGAGCUGUCUGAAAUACUCUCUAGGUGUCUUUUACCCUCGAUCAUUCCUGGUCAUAGCUCAGAUGUCAGUGGGUCUGUACUGUAUGAACAUGAUGGCUGGAGCAUGUUUACCUCCUACUGAACCACUGAGGGAGAUGAAUGGUUUUCUUUUUUUACCUGAUUGAAAGACAGGUGUCAGCUUCGUGGUGCUCCUUAUAACUACCGUGGCUGUGGUUGGAUUAGCGACCAAGGAAAGCUCACGAGGGCUUGAGUGUCGUUAAAAUCCUGUUCCUGGAGUUGUACCUCAGAUCUAAUUCUUUACAGAAGAAACCACAUGGAGGCAAUAGCUGCACACUUGUUUUUCUCCAUCAAAUCAACUUGACGCAUGUUCUCUGGGCUUUUGCAGACAGUGGAUCUAAACAACUCUGUCUCGACACUUAAUCAAUUUGAGCAUCUCAAUGUUGCGGUUGAGUUUUAACAGGGAUGUCAGUGUCCAGAUUCAAAUCUUAGCAGAAUAAUACGUCAUUAGGAUCAACUGGAUAGUCCUCCAACCAAUGAGAGGCAUUUUGCUGUAAACUAAUCCAACUCCACGUCUCUCAGAUGACAUGUACGACUACUCUUACUCUUCUGUCCAUCGCCACAUUAAGCCCCGCCCCCAAACUACUCAACAGGCCCAGAGUAGAGUAUCAUCAUGGAGUCGAACUGACUUCAGAUCUAAGAACAACUUUAUCUGACGAUCUAGUGUUUCACUCACUGAAGGUAAAGAUACGAGCUCAAUGUAAAACAGGUUUAAUGUAAUAAGCUACAAACAGAAAAGGACUUCAGACUCCAAAGAAAUUAAUCAUCAAAAGUAUUAUUUAGAUAAUUUGGA